AGCUGAACAUCCGACCCAAGUUCCGGGACACGACUGGACUCCAUAUUCCAUAGCAACUCCCUACAGCUUAAAUCCCAAAACCCCACGCACAAGUCCUGAUCGCCCGAAAAUCUCACCCCCGCCGGAGCGACGACUUCUUCUUUCCCCGGCGAAUUAACUCGUGAGCCACUCUUUAUGAAGGAGAAGAAGAUGGGUUCGGAGUUGAUUUUCAGAGGGCACGAGAGCCAACCCGUGUCGGACAUGUACUCACCGAAGCCACGGAAGCCAUGGCUCUCCGUGACGCGCCUGAUUCGAUACAUGCUCCGGGAGCAACGGCUUGUCUUCAUCCUUGUCGGCAUUGCUAUAGCAACCCUCGUUUUCACACUCCUACCCUCCUCCUCAUCAUCCCGCGUAUUGUACAGAAACGGAUACGUUCCGAUCCACGAAACGCACUUCGACUGGGAUCCGAACCGACUGCCCCAUCACAAACCUGCCCUAUACGAGCGCAGCUCCGCCUUCCAUAUGCGCAAUUCCGUCGGGAAGCUCCCGCUGGGGCUGAAACGAAAGGGGCUCCGGAUUGUGGUUACGGGUGGGGCCGGGUUCGUCGGUUCCCACCUUGUGGACCGUUUGAUCGAACGAGGGGACAGCGUGAUCGUCGUCGACAAUUUCUUCACCGGGAGGAAGGAGAACUUGAUGCAUCACUUCGGGAACCCCAGGUUCGAACUCAUCAGACACGACGUCGUGGAACCUCUGUUGCUGGAAGUCGACCAGAUCUACCAUCUCGCCUGCCCCGCCUCCCCCGUCCACUACAAGUUCAACCCCGUCAAGACCAUCAAGACCAAUGUGGUGGGAACUCUGAACAUGCUGGGCCUGGCUAAGAGGGUCGGUGCGCGAUUUUUGCUUACGAGUACAAGUGAGGUGUACGGAGAUCCCCUGCAACACCCUCAGGUCGAAACGUACUGGGGAAACGUCAAUCCCAUCGGUGUUAGAAGUUGUUACGAUGAGGGAAAGCGUACGGCUGAAACGUUGACCAUGGACUACCACAGAGGUGCAAACGUCGAGGUGAGGAUUGCGAGAAUAUUUAACACCUAUGGGCCUAGAAUGUGCAUAGAUGAUGGUCGUGUUGUUAGCAAUUUUGUUGCACAGGCAUUGAGGAAGGAGCCUUUGACUGUUUAUGGCGAUGGGAAUCAGACAAGGAGUUUCCAAUAUGUAUCUGACCUGGUGGAGGGUCUGAUCCGACUUAUGGAAGGAGAACAUGUUGGACCCUUCAAUCUCGGAAAUCCGGGUGAAUUCACCAUGCUCGAACUUGCUCGUGUGGUCCAGGAAACAAUUGACCCAGAUGCAAAGAUAGAGUACAGGGCAAACACAGAGGAUGACCCCCACAAGAGGAAGCCUGAUAUUACAAAGGCUAAAGAGCUACUUGGUUGGCAACCAAAGGUGGAACUUCGCAAGGGCCUUCCUCUAAUGGUCUCAGACUUCCGGAAACGUAUCUUUGGUGACCACAAGGAACGAGUUGCCACAACUACCAUGUAAAAUUCUAAGCCACCAGCCAUAUAAAUAUAUAUAUAUAUAUUAUAUAUAUAUCCCCUUUUAAAGAUCGACAAAAGGGAAGAAGAUAAUUAUCUGGGGAACCUUUUCCCUUCUCAAAACAAUACGGUGGCGACGCCACCAGCCACAGGACAGCAGCAGCCAGCGGAUGAGCUCCUCCUAUAUUCGCCUCUGGACUAGGUUUGGAGAAGUACCUUUGCAUUUUAUUUUAUUUGGUGUUUGUAAUUUUUGAGCUUCAUAGAUUCGUAAUUCCCGAAUUAUCUUAUUCUUUUGAACUCUUAUCAUCAACAUUUGGAUUGAUUAUUGCUUUUGUUAAAAAAGAAGGUUCAAAAGUUGGUAGCCUCAGUUUGGUGUGGGAUGAACAUGUAAUGUAUAACGUAUUACUUUCAACAUGUAAUGUAUAACGUUUUAGUUUCAAGAAAUAGUUGCACGUUGAAAUGUAUACAUGCAAAGGAACAGUAAAUCGCAUUUUUUUACCUCAAUUUCAAACAAAACAGAUACGUUGGUUCCUUGAUUUA